AUGUCGUGUGAACGCAUGUUCUCAUCCCGCCCUCUCAAGACUUCCUUGCUCACUGGGCCCUCUUCGGUGCCCUCGUUGCUUAGCUGCUACUGCAUCGGCCCCGUUCUCACGCAGCUUCUCGCCUCCAUGGAUUUCCUUCGACUUAUUCUUAUCGGUUUGGCCGUGAGGGCAGCGGCGGGAAACACCCUCGCGGACCUCGUGACUCAGGUGGUGCCGGACUUGCCUACACUGCCCGCCGUGCCCGUGCCCACGGUGCCUCACAGCGUAUACACGGACCAGAGCAAUAACAACGGGAACAUAGCGAACCAGGUGCAGAGCAACUCGCAGACGGUCGACGCUAGGGAUUCCUCCACCGUCACUCAAACCAACUCCCAGUCCCAGACCGCAUUCGCUCAGGCGCCCGCCGCCGCUGCCGCCGCGCCGGCACCGGCUCCUGCUGCUCCCCCGCCGUGCUUCCCGUUCCUGCAGCACCCGAUGCAGGGCGUGCCGUCGAGCAUCACCAUCGACGUGCCACCGGAGCUGCCAUGCGUGAUUGAUCACCCCGCCCUGCCGUCCCUGUCGUCGCUGCCUCUGUACCCGCGUGUGCCCACCCGGAUGCCCACCGUCAGCUUCCGCUUCCGUGGGUUGCCCCUGUUCCCGCGCGGCGGCACUGAACAGGUGGCGCUUGCACAUGCUAACGACGACAUAACUGCCAUCAGUGCUCCAUAG